ACCCACCCAGUCAGCUUUUUCUUUUACAUCCACUUGUAAAUGGAGACUUACUAAAAUAUCAUUUCGAUGUGACUUCUCUGAAAUUCUUUUUCUUCUUCUUACAAACAACGCAAGAAACAAUGGCGAAUAUUGUUGAAGAAAAACUCAUCUCAGCUUCUGUGAAAGUGUUGUUACAAAAGCUCUUUUCUCCAGAAUUCAUCUGCUACUACCAGAGUUCCAAGCUUGACGAUUUACUCUUGAUAAACCUGAAGACAACACUGUUCAAUCUUCAAUCUGUACUUGUUCAUCAUCAUCAUCAUGAUGAGGAGAAACAGAUCAACCAUCCUAUUUUCAAGGAAUGGUUCGACAUCGUCAGAUACGUUAUCUUUCAACUUCACACUUUGCUUGACCAAAUCAACGACUCUGAAACCCUAACUCCUUCUACUAAGGUGCGUGACUUUUUCCCUUCCAGUUUCAAACAGUUUCGCGAGCUCAUCAACUAUGAAAUGCAAAGAUUAAUUGAAAGGUUACAAUACUUGAUUUUGAGACAACAACAAGCUGGAUUGGGGUUUUCUAAUUACACUAAUGCUUUCCAUGGAACUCCUACAAGUUCUAUUUUGGAGGAUGAAUCUUCUGUUAUUUAUGGACGAGAAAGUGAUAUGAACAAGCUCAAAGAUCUUUUGUUGUUUAGUGAUAGUGAUGGUGAUAGUAAAAUAAGAAUGAUUUCCAUUGUAGGUAUGGGAGGGAUUGGGAAAACAACUCUUGCUAAACACCUUUACAAUGAUCCACAAGUUAUGGACAAAUUUGAGUUCAAAGUGUGGAUAUGUAUCUCCAAAGAUUUUGAUGUUUAUAGAGUUUUUAAAACCAUUCUUGAGUCUAUCACUUUGCAAUCAAUCAGUAGUGAUAACUUGAAUUCUCAAACGGUUGAAUUUGACAAUACAAGAGGAAGUUACACUAGUCGGAUGACUACCUAUUACCCGAAUCUUCUAUUUGUAUCAUUGAAGAAAAUUUUAACUACUUCAAGCUUUUUGCUAGUAUUGGAUGAUGUGUGGGAUACAAAAUCGGUUGAUUGGAUAUCUUUCAUGGACAUCUUUAAUGCUGUGGAAACAAAUAGUAGGAUCAUCAUCACAACACGGGAUGAAAGAGUUGCAAGAUCCAUGCAAACCCUUCUUUUUGUUCAUUACUUAAGACCUCUUGGAAGUGAAGAUUGUUGGUUUUUAUUUUCUAGAUAUGCAUUUGGAGCACGUGACAACCCACAACAAUCCUAUCUAGAGAAAAUUGGCUGGGAGAUUGUGAAAAAGUGUGAUGGAUUACCACUAGUUGCAAUAGAACUUGGGACUCUUCUUCACUCCAAAUUGUCCUCAGAUGAUUGGAAUUUUGUGCUAGAAAGUAACAUUUGGGGCUCGUCAAAUCAGGAGGUGCGUGUUGCUCUAGAGUCGAGCUACCAUUCUCUUUCAACUCCUUUAAAACGAUGCUUUGCAUAUUGCUCUAUUUUUCCGAAGAAAUCCAUCUUAGAAAAAAAAUUGGUAGUUCAGUUGUGGAUUGCAGAAGACUUGGUAGAGUUGUACCCAGGUCAAGAAAGUUUGGAAGAAGUUGGAGAAGAGUACUUCGAUGUACUAGUGUCAAGGUCGUUGAUACAACGACGAUCUAUCAGUGAUGCGGAAGCAAACUUUGAAAUGCAUAACGUCAUCCAUGAUUUAACUACAAUGGUUUCAUCUCCAUAUUGUAAGAGGUUGGACGAACAUAACCUACAUGAAAGUGUACACUAUUUGUCAUACAAUAGAGGGCUAUAUGACUCAUUUAAUAAAUUUGAUGAAUUGUCUGGAUUAAAACGGCUACGCACCUUUCUAGCAUUACCAUUACAAGAACAAAUGCCUUGUCAUUUGCUAUCGAAUAAGGUAGUACAUGAGUUGUUGCCAACAAUGAAACAAUUACGGGUGUUGUCCUUGUCAAACUACAAAAGUAUCACUGAAGUUCCCAAUUCUAUUGGAAGUUUGUUAUACUUGCGGUACUUAAAUUUUUCUCACACUAAGAUUGAAAGGCUACCUUCUGAAACAUGCAAGCUUUACAAUUUGCAGUUCUUGUUGUUGGCUGGCUGUGAAAAGCUCACUGAAUUGCCGGAAGACAUAGGAAAAUUGGUUAAUCUGCGCCACCUUGACGUUAGUGGCACCGCAUUGAGGGAGAUGCCUGUACAGAUAGCUAAACUAGAAAAUCUCCAAUUUUUGUCAGACUUUGUUGUCAGCAAACAUAAUGAUGGGCUGAAGGUUGCAGAGUUGGGAAAAUUUCCCCACCUACAUGGAAAACUUUCCAUCUCACAGCUACAAAAUAUUAAUGACCCCUUUGAAGUAGAUCAAGCGAAUAUAAAGAUGAAAGAACAAAUAGAUGAAUUAGCUUUGGAAUGGGAUUAUGGUAGUACUUUUCCAGAUUCACAAAUUAAAAGUGUUGUGCUUGAACAUUUGCAACCCUCAACCAAUUUGAAAAGUCUCACUAUCAAAGGUUAUGGUGGAAUCAACUUUCCAAAUUGGUUGGGUGAUUUUUUGUUUAGCAACAUGGUGUAUUUGAAGAUCUCAAAUUGUGAUGAAUGUUUAUGGCUUCCACCCCUUGGACAGUUGGUUAAUCUGAAAAAACUCAUUAUCGAAGGGAUGCAAUCAAUACAAACAAUUGGUACUGAGUUCUAUGGAAGUGAUAACUCUUUAAUUCAACCAUUUCCCUCCCUGGAGAUUCUACAUUUUGUGGAUAUGCAUGAGUUGGAAGAAUGGAACUUGACUAGUGGUACGACUACAAAGUUUCCUAGUCUAAAAACUCUGUCACUAAGUAAGUGUCCGAAAUUGAUAGUAGGAAAUAUACCUGAAAAAUUUCCUUCCUUAAUUGAGCUUGAGUUAAGAGAAUGUGCUCUACAAGUGCAGUCAAAGCCAUCAUCAAAUAAUGUAUUAAGGCAGUUGAUGUUCCCUCUAAAUUCUCUUAGACAGUUGACUGUAGAUGGCUUGUCGUCUUUGAUGUCUUUCCCAACAGACGGUCUACCAAAGACAUUGAAGUCGCUCAUAAUCAAUAAUUGUGAGAGUUUAGAGUUUUUUCCUCGUGAAUACUUGUCCAGUUACACAUCGCUUGAGAAAUUAAAAAUAUCUUAUAGUUGUAAUUCAAUGAUAUCAUUUACCUUAGGUGCUCUCCCUGUCCUUAAGAGUCUAUUUAUCGAGGGUUGUAAAAAUCUGAAAUCAAUAUUAAUCGCUGAAGAUGCAUCGCAAAAGAGUCUUUCAUUUCUUAGAAGCAUCAAAAUAUGGGACUGUAAUGUACUGGAGUCAUUUCCCUUAGGUGGAUUGGCCACUCCAAACCUCGUUUAUUUUGCAUUGUGGAAGUGUGAGAAGCUUCCUUCACUACCAGAAGCAAUGCAGACUCUAGUUUGCCUUCAAGAAAUGGAAAUUGAUAAUCUACCAAAUCUUGGAUCUUUUCUCAUAUUCAAUUUACCUAGCAGUUUACAAGAACUGACUGUUGGUUCUGUUGGAGGGAUUAUGUCACCUUUGAAUCAUCUCAGCCGUCUUUCAGUGUUGCGGAUUAACAGCAAUGAUACAGAAAAUUUGCUAAUGGGGCUAUUUCUACCUGCAUCACUUGUGAAGUUAUGCAUUUGUGGUCUAAUUGAUACAAGCAUCGAUGGAAUGUCGCUUCAACAUCUCACUUCUCUCCAAAACCUUGAGAUUAUUAAUGCUCCCAAACUCAAGUCAUUGCCAAAAAAAGGAUUUCCUUCCUCUGUUUCAGUACUAAGCGUGACUCGCUGUCCAUUAUUGGAAGCAAGUUUGCGGAGGAAGAGAGGGAACGAAUGGCGUAAGAUUGCUCACAUUCCUGCCAUAAUUAUAAAUGACGAAUUGAUCACAUAAGUUUCAUGUCUUGAAUUAUAUUCUGUGUCAUCUCUGAUUCUUUCCAAUGUUGCCGUUGUGAGAAACCAAAUUCGCAUGAAUGAACUGCAACCAAGUCCAGUAAAUGUUUUACUGAUGUGGAACAGAUGAAAAGGAGAAAUAACAACUGACUUCAAAUAAUUUGUUAGCUCUGAAGUAGAUAAAGCGAUAGAUUCAUGCACUGCUUGUGGUUACAUGUGAAAACUAUUUUAAGCAUGAUACAAGAGAUGACUCCGACAUUUCAAAAACUAGUAUCUUCCUUGGGAUUUUCUCUUUAUGCUCUCUCCAUGGCAUCACCAAAAGGAGUUUGCAAAAGUUAGUUGUAUCAAGCAACAUAGUCAAGAUUGAUCGCUCGGUUGUAGGAUCAUACGAUCCUAUGUGCAAUGGCUGCCGGAGCGUGCUACAAUCGUAGCAAGACCGUUUCCUGUUGCCGGCAUGGUCAGGAUUGAGAUCUCUUAGCGGGAUCAUAACUUAGCAGGAUACUAUCAAGUGUUUGUAUUUGUUAAACUGGAGGUAGAUUCGUCAAAUGGUUUUCUCCACAAAUCUGAAUGAUGUUUGGGGAAUAUGCAGGCCUUCGUUGAGAGUUCCUCGACAAAAGCCAUGGCACAUUUAUCCUAUAUUUCACGCAUUCAGAAAAGGAGCAUCCAAGCCACGAGGAGUAGAGAGCCAUGCUGGCAAGAGUUUAGUUGGCAUAUCAACAAUAUAUCCAGUUCUGUUACAGAAAUUGCAGAACCAUUUUCUUGACCUGUAGUGAAGACAUUUCAACACUUGAAAUAAAAUUCUAUUUUCCCACCUAGAUUUGAUUUUGAAUAAACAGUAGUAAAUCUUACCUUUUUUUGCUCCAUCUCGAACCCAUGUCAACAAUUCAUCUGGGGAAGUCAAUUUUUUUCGGUUUUAAUCUGUAGCCGACAACCAUUACAAUACAUGAUUGGAGGUAUACUGUCAACUUUCA